AUGAUCAAACAAGAUGAAGAUCAAUAUUUUGAAAUAGGUAGUAGUAAUGUCAGCAAUAACAAUAAUAAUAAUAACAAUAGUAAUGAAAUACUACUUGGAGAUUUACAACAAAAGUCAAUAGACUCUUUUAAAUUGAAAAAGUAUUCAGAUUCAAUCAAGUUUCUAAAUAGAAUAUUAAUCAUUCAACCAAAUGAUGUCAUUGCAUUAUCUAAUAGAGCAUUAUGUAAUUAUCAAUUGGAAUUGUAUAAACAUUGUAUCAAAGAUUGUGAUUUGGCAUUGAGUGUUGAUCCAACCAAUAAAUUGGUAUCAAUGCGAAAGGCAAUGGCUUGUAAAUAUGUAAAUGGAAAGAGUCAAUCUAGUUUUGAACUAUUCAAACAGGCUGCUGGAACAUGGGGUAGUUUUGAAGAGAUUGAAAUCAUUGAUGUCUAUUGGACAUUAACCGAUAGAAAUAUUGGUAAUCCAUCUCAACCAUUUGGAAAUAAUCAAAAUAGUAGUAGUAGUAUUAAUAACUCAUCAUCGGCCAUUGAAAAUAUAAAUAAUAAUAAUAACAAUAAUAAUAAUAAUAAUAAUAUAUCAUUUAUGGUAUCAACAAUGUCACCACCUCCAUCAUCAUCCUCAUCAAAUUCCAAUAACAAUCAAGAUUCGUUAGAUAUAAUGUUGGAUAGAUCAAUUGAUGAUUUAUGUCUAAAUUCAAAUUCAAAGAUCAAAGCAUUUAUUGAUAACCAACAAUUACAUUUACAACAAAUGGCCAUGGUGGUUGAUCCAAAUAAUACUAUUAUUACUUCUACCAACAACACAAAUACUGAUCUAUGUGAAAAUGAUGAUGAUGAUGAAGAUAGAGAUAAUCAUGAUAAUGAUGAUGAAAGAUCAAGAUUAAAAAAAAUCAAGCUCAAUGGAUGA